UGAAAACAAGGAAUGGUCGGAAGUGGUAUCUAUCUGUGAUGGCAAAGAGGAAACUAAAACAGUCAGAAGGCACAUCUCCAGUCUCAGGGGUGGAACAGGCAAAGCAGAAAGAAAUGACACAACCAGAGAAAGAUAUGUUUUUCCUCGGUGCUAUUGCUUUUCUGGUGGUAGCAGUUUGCGUGGUCCCCCUGACAGCUGAGACAUCUACCUCUGGUUUCUCUUAUCGUAAACACACUGUCCUGAAAAUGGAUGCGGCAAUUCUGACAGUCAACAAUGAGCUGGACAUGGAGGUGGUGGUGUCCUGGAUGUCAGAGCGAUGCUAUCAGUGUCUGUACCAGCAGCUGGGGGUGGUACCCGCAGGGUCCAGUCCUGGCCAGCCCAGUUCAGUGGACUUCAAUGUGGGCACACAGCAUGAAAUUACACUACAGCUCAACAGCACCCCUGUCAACCUGGAGCUCUGCACGGUCCCAUUCCACUUUGGGGAGCACGGUAACUACUCUCUGUGGGUGAAAAAUCUGAACGACUCCGCCGUGGUGAACUGCUCCAUAGUGACUGAUGCAGACCCCGUCAACAGCUAUAUACCGAUCUUAGUGGCUUUUCUUAUCUUUGCUGGACUGGCGUUGGCGUCUGCCAUUGGAACAACAAUAUUAGGGCUUGACGUAGUGAAGGGUAUCGUCUUCCGAAUUGCCGGCACCAUGGAGACCGAGAGGCUCAUCAACUCUGAACUGGGCUCCCCUGGCAGGCAGACAGUGUCACUAGUUGCUGACAACAUCCUCCCUCCCUCACCCAACCCCAGCAAGAGGCUGCGGUCUCUGGAUACAUUCAGAGGUAUCUCCUUAGUCGUCAUGGUGUUUGUGAACUACGGAGGGGGACGAUACUGGUUCUUUAAACACGAGAGCUGGAAUGGCCUUACUGUUGCAGAUCUAGUCUUCCCUUGGUUUGUGUUCAUAAUGGGGACAUCCGUCGCCCUGUCAAUCAACUCCCUGCUCCGCGCGGGCUCAACCCGCUGCUCACUAGUGAGGAAAGUUGUGUGGAGGAGCCUGCAGCUCUUCCUCAUCGGGGUCUUCAUCAUCAACCCAAACUACUGCCAGGGACCGUUGUCUUGGGACAACGUGCGGAUCCCUGGUGUGUUGCAGCGCCUGGCCUGGACGUACUUAGCUGUAGCCUGCCUGGAUCUGUUGGUGGCCAGAGGUCAACUUGACAUCCUUACAACGGAUGCUUGGUGGUCCCCUGGCCUCGACAUCUUGCUGUACUGGCCAGCCUGGCUGUGUGUGCUUGUCUUGGAAAUCAUCUGGCUGUGCCUCACUUUCCUACUUCCUGUGCCAGAUUGCCCAACAGGCUAUCUGGGUCCAGGUGGGAUUGGGGACAUGGGCCUGUACGCUAACUGUACCGGUGGCGCGGCUGGUUUCAUUGACCGCUGGCUGCUUGGAGACAGCCACAUCUACCAGAAUCCCUCGUCACGGGUGAUUUAUGCAACUCAUAUGCCAUACGAUCCAGAAGGUGUUCUUGGCAGCAUCAACUCUAUCCUCAUGGCUUUUCUUGGACUACAGGCAGGAAAAAUAAUCUUACACUACAGAGAUCUCCACACAAGUAUAAUUUCAAGAUUUCUUAUCUGGGGUCUCUCAUUGGGAGUCAUAUCAGCAGUUCUGACCAAGUGCUCCACAGACCAGGGCUUCAUUCCUGUUAACAAGAACCUGUGGUCUCUGUCCUAUGUGACAACACUGGCCUGUUUUGCGUAUGUGCUGCUGGUGCUGGUCUACUUCACAGUGGAUGUGAAGAAGUGGUGGUCUGGAGCACCUUUCUACUACCCUGGUAUGAACUCCAUCCUCGUGUACGUGGGCCAUGAAGUGUUCGAGGAGUACUUCCCCUUCCGUUGGCGCAUGGCGGACAGCCAAUCCCACGCCGAGCACCUCACCCAGAACCUCGUGGCUACUUCCUGCUGGGUCUUCAUCUCCUACAUGCUCUACAGAAGGAAGAUUUUCUGGAAAAUUUAGAAGCGGAGCCUCUAAAUGACGGGACAGCGGUGCCAGAGGACAUUGUUUACAUCAGACUUGCUGGAGUUAAAAGCUGCAAACAUUUGGAAAGCGGGAAACGGGAGACUGAUUUAUUUUGUCAAAACUAUGGUGGUUCUCUGUCUCUGAACGUAUGUGGGUUUCUUCUUUCAAACAGCACAUUUUUUUAGUUUUUUAAUUUCAGUCACUACUUUAUAGGACCAUACAGUACAUGUUUAAAGACUUUUUCCAAAGAUCUUCAGAUAUGAAGCAGCUGACCCGUGCCAAAUAUCUCAAAUGACUCAGGAAGAACUCGUCCAAGAUUAGUUUGAGAACUAUGAAAACUGACACUGUUAAUCUGCUAUUUGACGGUGUUAUAGACGCUGGUUUUCAUUCCUCAUCUUGUACCACAGACUACAGCAGCAGGGUGUAGAAGUAGUGGUUUAACAAGCACUUGUUGACUUCCCCUUGGGGGGAAUCCCUGCUGCCAUCUUAAGUACUGUUGCAUUACUCUGAAGUGGGUGUUUGUGAGGAGACAUUAAAUGCUGUACCCUCAAGAGAAAAGGCUACCAAUAAUGCAUCGUGAUCUUUCGUCCUUUCCACUGCACAGUGGAAGGUGGAAGUGAUAUUUAAACGAGGUAAUCAGCAUGUAGAGGUUUUAAAAUAUGGAAGUCAAACAUCUGCAAUAUAUCAUUCCUUAGUUGUCUGUCUUGUUUUCCCAUUUGCAGUCCUUCUGCUCCCUCGUUCAGCAAGUGUCCAGUGGUGUGAGUGACAUAUGAUGCUGUGUGUUAAGUGCUAAGGGGAAGUGAAGGAGGGCAUGUCAGAUGACUAUUGAAACCCACUGGAGGGUGCUUGCUUUGCAUUUUGGUCAAUGCAGAAGCAUGUGUAUGAAUUUAUCUUUUUCAUCAGGUUUUCAAAAACAGAAGUCACAGAACUGACCUUUUUAUUUUGUCACAUAUGUCCCUUUUUACGUUAGCACUGGCAGAAAUUGUCAAUAUCAUUUUUCACAUUUUCUUAAAUGUCUCAUGAGUUUAUAGAAAGCAGUUGUACUGUAUAUUGCCCAUGUACAGUAGUUUGAUUAUGAGAUUUAGAAAUACAUAUUUGCUGAUGUCUCAUCUCACCAUAAAACAGUGUUGCCGUUACACUCAUUAUAAUGUAAAAAUGUGCCCCUUUCUAAGAUUGGCAGUUAAUAUAAAUAUGAUUUUGCAAAAUCAUAUGUUCAAUCUGUCAAAUAUCCGAAUGCUGUGGAAAGUUUUUGAAUAAUUGUUCAUCCAGUACUGUCUAAAUUGUUGAAAUUCACUUUGCCAAACUUUUAUACUUUUUUUUUUAUAUUUGCCAUAUGAACAUAAGUUUAUGUAAUAAAAUCUAUUCCAAAAUGUUA